CCCAGAGCCGAUUGUCAAUUUUGUGUCGAAAUAAAUUUUGUUUUCAUUUGCGGUUGCGAACAUUCGAAUAUUUCCGCUCUCCCACUUUAAACAGAUCUAAUAAUACUGUUUUAAAUAUGAUGCGAAUAAAAAGCUUAAUCAAUCAUGUAUCUUGUAUGCGAAAACUUCAUACGUCCAAUACAAGAUUACUCAACCUGGUGCCGAUUGUUGUGGAACAAACGGGACGAGGCGAGAGGGCAUAUGAUAUCUUUUCGCGCCUUCUAAAGGAACGGAUAAUUUGUUUAAUGGGUCCAAUCCACGAUGAUCUCAGCUCACUGAUUGUAGCCCAGCUGCUGUUUCUUCAAUCGGAAAACGGAACCAAACCAAUCCAUAUGUACAUUAAUUCUCCGGGAGGCAGCGUAACGGCUGGCUUGGCCAUAUACGACACGAUGCAGUAUGUGAAACCUCCGGUGGCGACUUGGUGUGUAGGACAGGCCUGUUCUAUGGGAUCGCUUUUACUUGCGGCCGGAGCACCCGGUAUGCGUCACUCACUACCGAAUGCCCGAAUUAUGAUACAUCAACCAUCCGGGGGCACUCACGGACAGGCAACAGAUAUUCAGAUCCAGGCUGCAGAAAUCCUCAAACUAAAGACGCAGCUGACAGAAAUUUACGCCAAGCACACAAAAACAUCUCUGGAUGUUUUGUUCUCAAAAAUGGAAAGAGACACGUUCCUCAACCCAGAGGAAGCACAAGCAUUAGGGAUUAUUGAUAAAGUGUUAGAACAUCCACCUUCUUCCACUGAGGAGUCAUCCUAAUGUAGGGCAGAUUAAAAAACUGGUAGUUUUAUUUUUUAAUGAACUCGUUGAUUCCAUAAUAAAAUGUAAAUCGUGAAGGAAACAUAUAUAGAAAUAUAGUAAGGAUGACUAUGAA